AUGCUAAGUGCAGCAGAAGUCAUACUCCUUUUUGUUGCCACUACUGAGGCUGUGCUGGGACUUUUAGGGAAUGCAUUUAUUUUACUUGUGAACUGUACAGACUGGGUCAGAAACAAGAAGCUCUCUAAGAUUGGCUUCAUUCUCACAGGCUUGGCUAUUUCCAGGAUCUUUACCAUAUGGAUAAUAACUUUAGAUGCAUUUGCAAAUGUUUUCUUUGGGGAUAUGCUUAUGUCUAGCGAUCUAAGUGAAUGCAUCAGUUACCUAUGGGUGAUUAUUAACCACCUGAGUGUCUGGUUUGGCACCAGCCUCAGUGUCUUCUAUUUCCUGAAGAUAGCAAAUUUUUCCCACUACAUUUUCCUCUGGUUGAAGAAGAGAUCUGAUAAAGUUUUUACCUUUCUAAUAGGGUGCUUAAUUAUAACAUGGCUAGCUUCUCUUCCACCAACUGCAAAGGUGAUUAAACAUGUUAAAAUGCAUCAUAGCAACACAUCCUGUCUGAUCCACCACCUGGAUAAAAGUGACUUACUUAUAAGCUACUUUUUUCCCAAUACAGGAGUUAUUUUUCUCUUUGUGAUGGCGCUAACUGCAUGCUUCCUGCUAAUCAUUUCCCUUUGGAGACACAACAAGCAGAUGCAAUCACACGUCUCAAGAUUCAGAGACCUCAACACAGAAGCUCAUGUGAAAGCCAUGAAAGUUUUGAUUUCAUUUAUCAUCCUCUUUAUUUUAUAUUUUGCAGGUAUUUUCACAGAAACUUUAUGCUUGUUUCUCAAAGAAAAGAAAAUUAUAUUUUUAUUUGGUUUCAUAAUGUCAUCCUUGUAUCCCUGCUGUCAUUCAUUUAUCCUAAUUCUAACAAGCAGUCAGCUGAAGCAAACCUCAGUAAGGGUACUGAAGGGGUUAAAGUGCUGUGAGACUUGA